UGCACACACAGCAAGAAAGCAAAGACGCUUCAGUCGAUGGGACGCGCCUAACUUUUUUGGCGAAGUCUUUAAAUUGAAAAAUAGGUAUAGUAUGGCAUCUUCAGUGUGAUUUUAUUGAUACAAAUUUCAAUAACGAUUCGUGUUUAAAAAUAUAAUCUUAUUCUGUGUUAUUUGAGAGUAUGACGAUAUUUUCCCACAUCAAAUGCGAUGUUAUUGGCUCCUGUUUUGUGUGAUAGAGAUUUUAACCUGGUCUCCAAAGCACCUGUCUGACCCAUGUUUUGACUGCCGAACGGUUUCUGAGAGUCUGAACAUCCCAAGGAUGGAACCGAUCUAGAACAGCGGUGUUUCCCCUAGAAUAACCCUUGUAGUGCAUCAAGAAAAACAGAACUCACAAUUCUAUUGGAAACAGCUCGUGGAAUUCCACUCAAGAAUGUCACACAGCUCCUACACCAGGAUGUGGGUCCAGGCCCAUGGAGCCUUGGAGGACCUCCUGGUGGAUGAGCACCCUCCCACUGCCCCUCGGCCACUGAAGGACCGGCUGCAGGUCUUCCAGGGCCUGGCCACCUUCUACCUGAAGUACCUGCAGAUCUUCCGCAGCCUGGAGGCUGUCUACGACCAGAUAGUUCACCCCCAGAAGAGGCGCGUGGUCAGGCACGUGUUGGACGGCGUGAUGGGUAGAAUCCUGGAGCUCAAGAACGAGAUGGUGGAGCUGGAGUUCUCAGAGUUCCACUACUUUGAUGAUGUGCUGCAGGACCUCAAGCUGACGCCUGAGGACCUGGAGGUGCCCAUUCCUCAGUAUUUUGUGAGAGAGAAGAUGCAUGUGCUGCGGGACAGAGAGAAGAUGCUGGCUCAUGUCAUGGCUAAAGGGGGACACAUUGAACAGGUUGAGCAGGAGCUGUCGGUUCAGACCAUGUGUCUGGAGGAAGCUGUUCGGGUCCUUCAGGUUUGUGAGCGGGCACGGCAGGGUCGGCUCAGGCAUCGCUUCAUGAAGGAGAUACGACAGGCUGAGGAAGAGGGGAGCCAGGCCCAGAGCCAAACACCCAUCAGCACCUUGGACCCCGACCAGGCUGCCACACGCAUUCAGAAGGUUUGGCGGGGCUACAGUCAGAGGAAGAGGACCAGGAGAGAACGGCUGGAGGAGAUGAUAUUCCUGGGAAUGGUCCCUCCAGAGCAGCAGCAGCAGAGGCCCAGCGUGGCCCAACUGAAGGCCCAGCAGGUGGAGACGACUCGCAGGCUGGUCCAGGAGGAGAAUGAGGCUGAGUACCAGAGGGCCCUGGUCAGCAUCAAGGAGUCUGUGCGUGCCGUGGACGGCCCUGACCUACGGGAAACUCUGCAAGAGCAGAUCAGACAGUGGUUUAUUGAGUGCCGAGAUGCUACUGGAAAGUUUCCUGACUUCCCCAAUGCUGAGGAUGGGGGAUCAACAGCCAUAUUUGCACAGAAGACACCUGACCAGGUCGCUGCAGAAUUAGCAGUGAAAGAGGAAGAGAAGGAGAAGAAGAGGAAAGACAACAUAAAUAAAGAUAAGAAGGGUGGGAAGGACCGCAAGGAUCAGAAGAAAGACAAGAAGCGAAAAAGCAAACAGAAGAAAGGAGGAAAAGAAGAAGGAGAGGAGGAGGAGAAGGGCUGGAAAAUGCCCCCGAGCAACUUCCUCCCAACUGUUGUGGAGGGAAACAAAAUGUACAAAGACGUGUGGCAGGGGCGUGAUGAGAAACAGAACUUCCUGCAGCGGUUUGAUGCGCAGCUGGUGCGUGAGGAGAAGAGGUUGGAGGUGGAGGAGGAGGUCAGAGUUCAGGUCGAUGAGCUGAUGAGACAGGAAGUGAAGAAUCUCAAGCUGGCUGUGGACCGAGAGAAAGGGAAGAAGAAGAAGAAGGGAAAGAAAGGUGGCAAGAAGAAAAAGAAGAAAGGAAAGAAGGGCAGUAAGAAGAAGAAGAAGAAAGAGAAGGAUCUGACUGCCGACAGAACCCUUGAGUCUCUGUAUGAAGAGCUGGUGCUGGAAGGCUUCUUGAUUAGACCCUUGAACAUCAAGCUCUCUGAAUACAUUGGUGAGUUCAGCUACCUGGGUACGACCCUGCGUCAGGCAGACAUUGAGCCCAUGCCCUCUCUGUCAGACGUCAGACAGCUCAUUGCCCUUUAUGGGAUCCUGCCUCUGGGUUCCCAGUCCGUCCAUCAGAAGGCUCCCCUGAUGAAGACUCUGCUGCUGGCUGGUCCUGGAGGCGUAGGGAAGAGGAUGCUGGUCCAUGCUCUGUGCACUGAGACCGGGGCCAACCUCUUCAACCUGUCCCCCAGAAACCUGGCUGGGAAGUACCCCGGCAGGAGCUGCCUCCAGUACCUACUGCACAUGGUCUUCAAGGUGGCUCGCCAGCUGCAGCCCUCUGUAAUAUGGAUCGGAGAUGCAGAGAAAACCUUUUAUAAGAAAGUCCCCAAACUGGAGAAAGAGGUAUGUUCUCUACACAACAGCAGCAUAUCUCAACACCACUGUUCAUCUCGGCAACAAAAAUAG